CAGGCUGCACAAUCGAACUCAGAAGCUUUGAUCUCCUUCAAGCGGACAUGGCGGACAAGGAUCCAUUCAGGCAAUUUAAAGAUCUGUCCCUGCUUAAAGACCAGCUUGAAGACAUUCAGCGUAGGGUGGAGAAUGACGUUCAGGGUGGAAGUGUCCUCAGUUCUCCCUUCCUCAAGGGUUUUUUGGCUGGGUACGUGGUGGCAAAGCUGCGGUCCUCUGCGGUUUUGGGAGUUCUUGUAGGGACCUGCACGGGCAUCUACGCUGCUCAGAACUAUCAAGUGCCAAACAUCGAGCAGACCAUGAAAAACUACUUCAGUUCAUUCAAGAAGGGCCGAUAGAGGGAAACCUUAAAACCAUCUCAGUGAAACAGUGCCUGAUCCAGGAACUUCAUCUUGUUUUCAGAUUGUUUUUUAUUGCCUUCCAGCGUUUCAUAAUGUUGCCACUCAUUAGAACACACCAAAUUAACUGGAAUGCAUAGCUAUAUUAAAGAAUUGGCGGCUCCUUAUCUUAGCACCCUUUAGUUUAUUUUCUGUUUAAAACCUGAAUGCAAAGCAUCUUGAGUUACAGUUUAUAUUUUGAAGAAUAUGAAGAUGGUGGUAAAAAUGGCCAAUACUUUCAUCUUUAUUAAUCUUGUUGAUGUUAUCAUGUUUCAUAUCAUGCCUCUGUGGUUUGUUAUUAUGUUCUGUUACACACUUUUUUCUUAAGUUUAUUUCAUGUAGACAAUUUGGUACGACAGACACAUUGUAUAUAACGUGGCUUUGUAAAAUUCUGUUACAUGUCAAAUGUAAGAGGUCGGUUCUUGAAAAAUUAUACUAAAUUUUGCACUUUAGCUCUACCACUUCUGUUUUCAAUAAACAGAAAGCCACUGUUAGGAAGUGAAAUUACAGUCCUUUCAGAAAUGGCUUUUUACAUGGAGUAUUAUAAUGUAUAAGAAAAAUAAAAAACAGACUUCAAUAACGUUUCAUGUUUAAGAAUGUUGGGAACAUUUUUUUCUAUUGGCAUGUAUUGUAAAACUAUGAUCAUAUUUUUUGAAAGAUUUGCUACGUUGCAUGCUAAACUUUUAGAAGUUUUGAAAGUGUUCUAUUUUACAAAAUAAAAACUUAAAAUUUGA